AUGGACAUAAUGAUCACAUGCCACUGCGUACUAUACACAUUGCUGCCAUUAUGCAGUGUGUGGGAAGGAGAAAAACAAAUGGAAUCGUUUCAGUUUGUCUGCAAUAUUCUAUGCUAUGAUGAAGGAUCCAUUUGUUUGAAGGAUGUUGUUGAGGUACACAUUGAUUUCCAUGCAAACAUAGGUGGAAAGGAAGAACUGAUAUGGUUCUCCAGCUUUUACUAUUUUUCGCCUUCAAAUCUUCAAUUCAUAUACUGUAACACUGAAUAUAAAGAUAGAGAUAGAGAUAUUCAAUUGGCCACGUUUUGCUCCAUUCAAACUAUUUGGUGA